AUGUCUACUUUCAGGUUCAGCAGGGAUCAUACCCGGCCUGUAAACCACUUGUCUAUCGCUCAACUAUGCACUGUACUGUGCCUGGGCGCGCUACCUAUGGCCAACGCUUUUCACCACAUGGCACAGAAGGCACCUUGGAAAGCCAAUCGAAGGAAGCUGGACAUUACCCCCCUGCUGGUGACCAAUCGCUGUCCUGAGACCAUCUGGCCUGGCAUCUCGACGCAGUCUGGCACAGGGCCUGGCGAGAACGGCUUCAAGCUUGAACCUGGGGAGACAAAGAAUCAGACUGUAUCAGAGGACUGGCAGGGUCGUGUGUGGGGUAGAACAAAUUGUACCUUCAACAGCGACGGCAGUGCUGCCGAAUCGGGUCGUGGGAAGGCUUGCACAUCUGGCGACUGCAAUGGCGCCUUGAAUUGUCAAGUUGGGGGAGACGUACCUGUUUCGCUUGCCGAGUUCACGUUAGACGCCGGAGAUGGACACACAUACUACGACAUCUCGCUUGUCGAUGGCUACAAUGUACCCAUGGCAAUCGUACUGCAGCCACUCGAGAAUAUCACACUCGACGACAUCCCCCCGAACCUCACGAACCCGUCAUGCCAGGGCACAGACGGGCUCCUAGCUCCGCGGGGCUACAAUCCCUAUCCCGAAUACCCCGACUUCCUACGCACGAACACCUCGUACCCACUAUCCUUUGACCAGAAGGUGGACGAGAAUAAGAUCUCCAAGUGGUGUCCAUGGGAUUUGCAACAGAACCCUCCAGAGAAACCUGGCGAUGGCGUAUACCCGUAUCCUGACGACAACAUUCAGAGGCCACAGUUCAAUCCUUGCUUCUCCGCAUGCGCAAAGAACAAUCGACCCGAAGAUUGCUGUACAGGGGAAUACAACUCCGCUAGUAUGUGUAAGCCGAGCGAGUAUUCCAAAAACGUAAAGGCAGUCUGCCCAGAUGCGUACAGCUUUGCGUUUGACGAUCAAACCUCCACCUUCAUCAUCCCCUCUGGUGCCGGGUUUGAAGUGGUCUUCUGUCCCGGUGCGCGUUCGACGACGAUCCUUUCAACGAGCCGAGACGAAAUGCUUCAGUUGGCGCAGCAAGGGAGAGUCGACAAACAAGCUACGAUGAUGAUGAAGUCUAGGAAUGAUAUGGUAAGGAGAAGCGCUGCAUCGAGAACCACACGGCUAGACGGUACUACGUUCGCGUUGGUUCUGGUUGUGAUGGCUGUGGCUUCGGCUUCACAUUUAUAG